GCCGCGCGGAGGAGCAGUCGGGCAGAGGGGUACGUCCCGGACUCUACCAAACCCGCGACCCGCCUCCUCGCCCGGGGUCCGCGCCGCGCCGCGCUCUGGCCGCGGCGUCCUCUGUACUCGGGCCGGCGGCUCCCAAGUGCCAGCGGGCGGCGGGGGGAGAGGGAACGUGCGCCCGGCGGCCCGGAUUGGCCUCCUGGUCCCCCCGCCGGGGCGGCGGAGUGCGGGCGGCCCGGGGCUGGGAGGUUUGAAAAGCGGACGAGAGACAAAGGCAGCAGGAAGCCUCCGCGGCGCCCGGAGCCGGAGCGCCCAGCCCCCGGGGCCCCCUCGCCGGCCUGCUGGGCCGAGCGGCAGCCGAAGGCGGCAGCGCAGGAGGCGGAGGAUGCAGCAGGGGGCGUGGGAGCGGCGGAGCCGGCGGUGCGGCGCGUCCAGAGCGCGGCGUGGUUAGACCGCAGGCGGCGGCGGCGGCGGGCCCAGCCGGGCUCCGGGAGCGAAGAGAGGGCGCUUUCCCCGCCCGGGAUGUGAGGACCGAGCGGAGCCCGGGGCGGGGGGAGGGCAGGGACGCGACGCCGGCAGACAGGAAGGAAGGACGGACGGAGCAGGAGGAGGAGCGGCGGCGGCGGCCAGAGCCGGAAGGCGGGGAGGGGCCGGCCGUUGGGCCCGCGGCGGCGGCGGCGGCAGCUGGGAGGAACCGUGCGAGUCGCCUCCCCGGGGCCGGAGCGGCGGGGCCCGCGCCUCCUCCCCCCGGCGCCGCGGAGGGGGGAGGAGGAAGAUGGAGACCCACAUCUCAUGCUUGUUCCCCGAGCUGCUGGCCAUGAUCUUCGGCUACCUGGACGUCCGGGACAAGGGGCGCGCGGCGCAGGUGUGCACGGCCUGGCGGGACGCCGCCUACCACAAGUCGGUGUGGCGGGGUGUGGAGGCCAAGCUGCACCUGCGCCGGGCCAACCCGUCGCUGUUCCCCAGCCUGCAGGCCCGGGGCAUCCGCCGGGUACAGAUCCUGAGUCUCCGUCGCAGCCUCAGCUACGUGAUCCAGGGCAUGGCCAACAUCGAGAGCCUCAACCUCAGCGGUUGCUACAACCUCACCGACAACGGGCUGGGCCACGCGUUCGUGCAGGAGAUCGGCUCCCUGCGCGCCCUCAACCUGAGCCUCUGCAAGCAGAUCACUGACAGCAGCCUGGGCCGCAUAGCCCAGUACCUCAAGGGCCUGGAGGUGCUGGAGCUGGGGGGCUGCAGCAACAUCACCAACACUGGCCUCUUGCUCAUCGCCUGGGGCCUGCAGCGCCUCAAGAGCCUUAACCUCCGCAGCUGUCGCCACCUCUCGGACGUGGGCAUCGGGCACCUGGCCGGCAUGACACGCAGUGCGGCUGAGGGCUGCCUGGGCCUGGAGCAGCUCACGCUGCAGGACUGCCAGAAGCUCACCGAUCUUUCCCUAAAGCACAUCUCCCGCGGGCUGACGGGCCUGAGGCUCCUCAACCUUAGCUUCUGCGGGGGCAUCUCAGACGCGGGCCUCCUGCACCUGUCGCACAUGGGCAGCCUACGCAGCCUUAACCUGCGCUCCUGUGACAACAUCAGUGACACAGGCAUCAUGCAUCUGGCUAUGGGCAGCCUGCGCCUCUCCGGACUGGAUGUGUCCUUCUGUGACAAGGUUGGGGACCAGAGUCUGGCCUACAUAGCUCAGGGGCUGGACGGCCUCAAGUCCCUCUCCCUCUGCUCCUGCCACAUCAGUGACGAUGGCAUAAACCGCAUGGUGCGGCAGAUGCAUGGGCUGCGCACGCUCAACAUCGGACAGUGCGUUCGCAUCACGGACAAGGGCCUGGAGCUAAUCGCUGAGCACCUGAGCCAGCUUACCGGCAUCGACCUGUACGGUUGUACCCGAAUCACCAAGCGCGGCCUGGAGCGCAUUACGCAGCUGCCCUGCCUCAAGCACCCAUCCCACCAAGGGCCCAUUCUCAUCCCAUCUGGGGAUGGAAACCGACCUGACCCAUCACUCCUCUGCUACCCGACCCUGCAUUCCUGUCUUUCCCCUGAGGAUGAAGAGAUGGACCCAGCUACUUGCUCACCCACUCCUCUGCAGGGGGAUGGAGCACUGAUUCAGCUACUGUUUCCCCACUGCGAUGCAUCUGAAAAUGGGGUGGGGGUGGGGGGAGAAUGGCUAGCCCUUUCCACCCUUGGGGAGUUGAGGAAAAUGUCUGCCUUCACUUAAGCUUUCAUUUGAAUACUGUGAUCUGGUUUUUAUUUUUAAGUGUAUAAAAAGCAAACCCAACUACAACGGCCUUUUCACCCUUCUUCCACUUCUGUAACUAGUCCCAGUCUCUUCUCAUCACUUCUCCUUUUACCAAACUCUGAUAUUCAGGCUCAUUUCAUUUAUUUUUAUUUUUUAUUUUUUUUUUUUUUUUGGUAAGAAAUUUGAAAUCACGGUCCUUUUUAAGUACCAUUUUUUUUUCUGCUGAAUAUAUUCUAUAUAUAUUAUAUAUAUAUAUAAAUUAUAUAUAUAUGUGUGUGUCUGGCUACCUCGUUUUAGUUUACUUUUUUCUCUGAAGCCCUGGAAUUCUACGAGAGAGAUUUUGAGACAACAUUUUUGUGCCUAGACUGGAAAGAUGCCCAUUGGGUUUGUACAUCUUUUGUUUUGGCUUCUUCUUAACCAUCAUCCACCCAGUGUGUCCCACUUUCACUUUCUGGCUCUUCUUUUCUGCUUAUCCAUUGGGAUUUGAGGACCCAGUGAUGUUUCCAAGUCUUGACUUAAUUUAUAGCACAAAUGUGUGGGAGAAAUGAGAGUUGAACUGUUUUUUGUUUGUUUGAGAUGCAGAUUAUGUCUUGAAGAUUAUUAUAUAUGCAAAUUCUACCCUUCCUCACCCUCUUCCAAGUUUCCUCACAAAAAGGUCACCCAGUGAGGCUUCCUGUUGGAAGCAAGAGGAGCAGAGCCCCUGGGCUCCACGGGAAGGGGACCAGACUGAAAUUCGUGUCUUAUCUCUGUUCUGUUAAUAAAAUGGAGUUUGUGGGUUUUACAAAAUUGUUUCUAAAUGGAGGAAUAGAUAAUUUUCUUUAUUUUGGUGGAGGUUGGAACUUGUGGCUUUAAAGAAAAAAAGAUUUGCUUUUGCGUAGGAUGUAUAUUUUUGUUGGAUUUUUUUGUUUAUUUUUUUUAGAUUCCUCCAUAGCAACGUGCAAAACCUUUACCAACAUGGAGUUAAAGGAACCCAGAGACCUUUAUCAAUUAAUUGUACUGUUUGUGAAUUUGUAUAAAUAAUAACAAAGAUCCUCUUAAAACGUUUAUAUUCUUACAGUAAAAGGGUAAACUGAUAUUUAUAUAAUAAAAGAGGAAAUAUGAAGUAUGUUUUUGAAAAAACAAACAAAAACCUGGUAUCUGUGAAUUAUUCUGAAGGCAUGAUGUGUUUGGGUUCACACCAGGGUAGGAGGUGCUGCUGGAGUGCUCAGAGUCAAAGGAAGUAAGGUACAGU